AGGCUCAUGUGAUGGACUUCACAGUCGCGCAGUGUGUUCGGACGUGCCUGCAGUCACAGGACUUGUUCCACACGUCAAGCAGCGAGCCUCGCGCGCACUCAGUCUCGCAAUCGAGACCCAGCAGCCGAGCAGUGCGCGCAAAGAGUGAGUGAGUGAGUGAGUGAGUGAGUGAGUGAGGGGGCGGGGGGGGGAGACAAACACGCAAAAGCGCUGUCCGCAACUUGAAGCUCUCAGGAGACGACACGCGGAAUACGGACAUCGGUUUUCUUCGCUUCGGAUCGUUUCUUUUGCUCGUAUUUUGCCUUUUUUUUUUUUUUUUUUCCCUCCUCUUUGUUUUUGAAACAACAUGGAGGGGAUUACGAGGGCGCAACCGCCGCCGCCGUGUGUGCCCAAACACCCGUCGCUGGAUAUCGCUGACAUGCAGGGGAUGGAUUUUCCCAUUUACGUAUAUAAAUCACGAAGGGGCGUGAAACGCGGGGAUGACAGCAGGGAGACCUACAAGUUGCCACAUCGACUCAUCGAAAAGAAAAGACGAGACCGAAUCAACGAAUGCAUUGCCCAGCUCAAAGAUUUGCUACCAGAGCACCUCAAGCUUACAACGCUGGGUCAUUUGGAGAAAGCGGUGGUGCUGGAACUCACUCUGAAGCACGUGAACGCCUUGAACAGCCUGCUGGAGCGGCAGCAGCAGCAGAUCUUGGAGCUGCAAAAGGGCCUCCAAAUAAGUGACAACGGCAGCGACGGCCCAGAGGUCAGCGAGCAGAUGUUCCACUCGGGUUUCCACCUAUGCGCAAAAGAGGUCCUCCACUAUCUGGCUCGCCGAGACAACAGUCAGGACCUGAUGCCGUCCCAUGUCAUCAGCCACAUCCACAAGGUGGCUUCUGAAGUACUGCAACAUCAAAGCGACACGCUCGUCAGCGAGUCCGUCUUUCAGAGUUCGGCGAAACUGAAGAAACCCGCGGAGCAGCCCUCCAGAGCCACCAAGGGCCCGUCCAAGAACUGCGUUCCCGUCAUUCAAAGGACUUACCCAGGCGGGAUGGGGGAGCAGAGCGGCAGCGACACAGACACUGACAGCGGCUACGGGGGCGAACACGACAAACGUGACCCCACGGCCCGGCGGUCGGACGGCCACGGGAAGGAGGCGGAGCUCAAGCGCGCGAGGUCUGAGCGGACCGCUGACGGCGUCGAGAACGAGGGGGGCGAGCCCUGGGCCAAGAAGUCUCGGUCUGAUUCCUCUGAGGACGAAAGCCUCUCUGGUCCUGCAGCCGGAGCCGCCGGCAACUACGUGGCUUUCUCCCCCAACCGACACCCGCUCUGCCUCCCCUUCUAUUUCAUUCCCCCCGCAGCUGCAGCAGCGGCAGCAUAUCUGCCCAUGCUGGAGAAGUGUUGGUAUCCCGGGGGCAUGCCAGUCAUGUACCCUGGCAUGAGCGCCUCUGCGGCCAGCUUACCCCCAGAGACGCUCUCGCCGCCUCUGGUGAUGUCCCAGAGGGCGGGCUCGCCAAUUCCACGCCAGCGCUCCUUGGACUCCCCUGUACUUCACAAAGCUUUAAAACAGGUCUCCCCAUUAAACUUGGAUACUAAAGAGUAACAGAGUUUUUUUUGUGUUUGGGGAAAUCUCCAUGGAAAAGGGGCGAAACAAAAGAAAAACAGCCGGUGGCCGUUCAGAGGUGCUGAACUCUUACAUUGUCAACCACCAUCUAUCGUCUGCUCCUCCGUGUGGAUUUUCAAGGGUCAUGCCCACCUGUUGCGUGACCUGCGAACCUGUGAGAAUGAGUCUCUUCAAUGCACUCUGUGCUGAAUGUCACAGGGUUAAUCCAGAAUGUAAGGGACAUAAGCUCCCACCCCACAAAAAGUAUGUACGAUUUCGACCUGUCAAUUUGCACACACACCAGUCUACAAUGAAUGUAAGGAUUCAACAAAAGCCCCUUGUAUUAUACAUGCUGCUUGGACUCAUCCGAUCUGCUGUAGAGCGACAGAUCGACUGAGCUUGUGUUUUUGUCUCGGAACUGCAACUAUACAUCAUUUAUUCUUUUUUUCAUUUGCUUCAUUUUGUACAAAAUUCCUUUUUGUGUUGACCACAACAUGUCACUCAUCCUCCAGCUAUCGUGGGAUGAGUGUUUGUCAAGAAUUCAGGGCGUUGUCACUGUACGAGGUGUGUCACUCAUGAUCUGUGGAAGUCAGCAUACAUGCUUUUAGUUUUCCUUGUGACACGUGACUUAUGUGAGCAUCUAGACUGAUCUCCUGUAAAGUUGUGUCCUUUUUUUUUUUGUUUAUGCUACUCUUCACAUCUCUAUUUUUGAUACGUGACCUAAUGCGUGUAUUGGCGUCGCUGUCCGAGGAAGGUUCAUGGCGGUCGUGUGCUGUUAUGCCACACGUGUUCAUAGCUUUUGUUUUCAUCCCCACUUGUGUUCGCCCUCAAAUUCCAGAUCAAGCCAAGCCUGAUCUCCGCUUACGGCGUUGCCUUUGACUCAUUUAGCGCAGACACACUGACGAUGGGUUUUGAAUGUAUUUUGCUUUAAAUGUUGUGUCUGUGGCAAAGAGUGAAUGUAAAAGUGAAACAAGAAAACGUUAAUUGUUUUAUAUAGAAAGAGGUACUUGGGAUUUUUAUUUUGAUUAUAACACACUUGUUGGUCGGCAUUUUAUAAAGUUUUAUUGAUAUAUAUUAAAGUAUUAAUAAAGUU